CGCUUCGCGUGAGAGUGAUUGAAGAACAUGGUUGGCGUUUCCAUGUGACAAAAACAGUAGCUGCCUCGUCCAGUCUCACAUAUCGUCAAUAUCGACCCAUCGAUUGCCAACCUGCUCGACAUCCACAAUGCCUAUGCCAGGCGAGCUGCCCAAAGAUGCCGAAGAAGCCAAACAGGGUCUCUUCGCCUAUGCCAAAGCAUGGGGUGAAAAUCCUCUCCCUGCAACCCUCCUCGCCACUCUAAUAUCCGCUCAACAUAUGCGCCCUUUCCAAACUAUCCCCAUGCUCUUCCCGCCGAUCUUAGUCUUCUCUUCCUACCUGAACGUUCAGGGCUUUAAGAAAGAUAGUGCAGGUCUCAUGAGCGCAUGGUCAAUGGCAUAUUUUGUGCUAGCAAGGAGAAGGCAAGUCAAGUUGGGUCAGAAGAUCACUGUGAGAGGAGCGACAAGAGGCGUGACAAUGGGAUUGUGUGCCGUGAAUGCUCUUACUGGUGGUUGGGCAUAUUGGAAGGGGAACCGGGAUGAGAAGCCGAAGCCAUUGGUUGGAGGGUGAAAGACGCAAGGAGAUUCGAGAAUGUGUUGUUGAAAGACGGGGGAGCAUUCAAAGAGCCAGCCUACAGCCGCAACUGGGUGACAGGGAUCGCGAUCAGAGCAGCCCUUGCGGAAAGAAGACUUUCAGCGCAGAUUUGCAAAAGAGCCUGCGUGUACAGUAUGUAUAUAGUCCUAGCCAGCCUGCAAUACCCCGUCACGAGACCGCGUCUUUGAUGGCUGGCCAUGGUACCGAUGAAUGCGAUCUUGGACAGCAGGAAGAGGAUGGUUCGCACAAGAGAAAGAAUAGUACUUGUACCGUCAGACACAUAUCUCGUGGGUGGACGGCUGUCGUGGUCACAUG